AUGAGUAUUCGGGGCAUGAUACUGGCACCAAUAAAAGCAACAUGUGAAGGCAUACUAUGCAAGACUGGAUUUCCCGAAGACGUUUACAAUGCGGUCAUAUCGAGGAGUUUAGAUGAAGGACAGCCUCUUCUCAAUGGAGUAGGAGGGGAGAUGGAAUCAGCUGACGCAAUCCUGACUUGGCCCCUGUCCAGUCACGGCUGUCUGGCUGCAGCGGCCCCAUCCUGGCCAGUGGGGUUUAGAAGCUGUGAUGAAAAGAGAAAAAUACAGUUUGAAAGCAGCGCACCAGCAGACUUUAGAGUACAUGACGAUGGUGUGGUAUAUGCAGCAAGAAGCUUUCAGCUUUCUGUGGAGCCCACAGAAUUCGUCGUCUACGCUCAAGACAAGGAAACCCAGCAACAGUGGCAAGUGGUAGUGAAGCUCAGCUCUGAGCCAGCAUUUACAGAGCAUUCAGUGAAGGAUCAGAAGAAAAUUGAAGAAAUAGUAUUUCCACGGCAACAACAUAAGCACAGCAGUCAUCUGCAGAGACAGAAGAGAGACUGGGUCAUCCCUCCAAUCAAUUUACCAGAAAACUCCAGAGGGCCUUUUCCUCAGGAAUUAGUUAGGAUUAGGUCUGAUCGCGAUAAAAGUCUUUCGCUGAGGUACAGUGUUACUGGACCAGGAGCUGACCAACCUCCAACUGGAAUCUUCAUCAUCAAUCCAAUCUCAGGUCAACUGUCAGUGACGAAACCUUUAGAUCGGGAGCAGAUAGCUUCAUUUCAUCUGAGAGCACAUGCAGUGGAUGUAAAUGGAAACCAGGUGGAGAAUCCUAUUGAUAUUGUCAUUAAUGUUAUUGAUAUGAAUGACAAUAGGCCUGAGUUCUUACACCAGGUCUGGAAUGGGACAGUCCCUGAAGGAUCAAAGCCAGGAACCUACGUAAUGACUGUCACUGCUAUUGAUGCUGAUGAUCCCAAUGCACUGAAUGGGAUGCUGAGAUAUAGAAUCUUGUCGCAGGCCCCAAGCACCCCCUCACCGAAUAUGUUUACAAUCAACAAUGAGACUGGUGACAUUAUCACAGUAGCAGCUGGACUUGAUAGAGAGAAAGUACAGCAGUAUACAUUAAUAAUUCAAGCUACGGACAUGGAAGGAAACCCAACAUAUGGUCUUUCAAACACAGCAACUGCUGUCAUCACAGUGACAGAUGUCAAUGACAAUCCUCCAGAGUUCACUGCUAUGACUUUUUAUGGCGAGGUACCUGAAAAUAGAGUGGAUGUCAUAGUAACUAAUCUAACCAUAACUGAUAAGGAUCAGCCACACACUCCCGCCUGGAAUGCAAUGUACCGAAUGACUGGUGGAGAUCCUACAGGUCGAUUUACUAUUCUGACUGAUCCAAAUAGUAAUGAUGGGUUGGUAACUGUUGUGAAGCCAAUUGACUUUGAGACCAAUCGGAUGUUUGUGCUUACUGUAGCUGCGGAAAAUCAAGUGCCUUUGGCCAAAGGAAUUCAGCAUCCUCCUCAGUCAACAGCAACUGUGUCCAUUACUAUCAUUGAUGUGAAUGAGAGUCCAUAUUUUGUUCCAAACCCUAAGCUUAUCCGGCAAGAGGAAGGCCUUCUUGCCGGUAACGUGUUAACUACUUUCACCGCUCAAGACCCAGAUCGUUUCAUGCAGCAAACUGCUUUAAGGUAUUCAAAGCUUUCAGAUCCUGCAAACUGGCUAAAAAUUGACCCAAUUAGUGGACAGAUAACUACAAUUGCAGUAUUGGACAGAGAAUCACAGUAUGUGGAAAACAACAUGUAUAAUGCUACUUUCCUUGCAUCUGACAAUGGAAUUCCUCCUAUGAGUGGAACUGGCACUCUUCAGAUAUAUUUGCUUGACAUUAAUGAUAACGCACCCCAAGUGCAUCCUCAAGAGGCUACCACCUGUGAAACGCUACAGCCCAAUGCAACUAACAUCACAGCAACAGACCGUGAUAUUGAUCCAAAUGCAGGACCAUUUGCCUUCGAACUUCCAGAAACUCCUCCUAGUAUUAAGAGGAAUUGGACCAUCAUUCGUAUUAGCGGUGAUCAUGCCCAACUUUCGUUAAGAAUCAGAUUCCUUGAGGCUGGUAUCUAUGAUGUUCCUAUAAUAAUCACAGAUUCUGGAAAUCCUCCCAAGUCCAGCACAUCUAUUCUGAAGGUGAAGGUUUGCCAGUGUGACAUAAAUGGAGACUGUACCGAUGUAGAUCGAAUUGUUGGUGCAGGACUGGGCACAGGUGCCAUCAUUGCAAUCCUGCUCUGUAUCAUCAUCUUACUCAUUCUAGUUUUGAUGUUCGUGGUAUGGAUGAAACGCCGUGAUAAGGAACGUCAGGCCAAACAGCUGUUAAUCGAUCCAGAAGAUGACGUAAGGGACAAUAUUCUGAAAUAUGAUGAAGAAGGUGGUGGAGAAGAAGACCAGGACUAUGAUUUAAGCCAGCUUCAGCAACCCGAUACCAUAGAACCAGAUGCCAUUAAACCUGUGGGGAUCAGACGGCUUGAUGAAAGACCAAUCCAUGCAGAACCUCAGUACCCAGUCAGAUCAGCUGCUCCUCAUCCUGGGGAUAUUGGGGACUUCAUUAAUGAGGGACUUAAAGCAGCUGACAAUGACCCUACGGCCCCACCAUAUGACUCCCUCCUAGUCUUUGACUAUGAAGGCAGUGGCUCUACUGCUGGAUCUUUGAGCUCUCUUAACUCCUCAAGUAGUGGUGGUGAGCAAGACUAUGACUACCUAAAUGACUGGGGCCCACGUUUCAAGAAACUUGCUGAUAUGUAUGGUGGAGGUGAUGACUGAACUUCAAAGUGAACUUUGUUUUUUGGACAAGUACAAACAUUUCAACUGAUAUUCCCAAAAAGCAUACAGAAGCUAGGCUUUAACUUUGUAGUCUACUAGCACAAGUGCUUGCUGAAGGCUUUGGCAUAGGCUGCAAACCAAUUUGGGCUCAGUGGGAAUAUCAGUAAUCCAAUGCUGUUUGGAAAAAAAAAUAUUGAGCUCAGUUACACUUGAAUUUUACAGUACAGAAGCACUGGGAUUUUAUGUGCCUUUUUGUACCUUUUACAGAUCGGAAUUAGUUUUAUGUUUAAGGCUUUAAUGGUACUGAUUUCUGAAAUGAUGCAUUAAAGAGACAAACUAUGUCGGGGCAGGGAGGAGUUAAGUUAAAUCACAGUAUGCUUCAACAUGCUUUUGUUACAUUGCAUUGCUUUUAUUAAUAAGGAAAUUUAAAAAAACAAACAAAAAAACCCUCAUGGAGCCAUUUUAUUAUCUGGGGGAGAAGACCAUGAGAUUGAAAAAUGUACAUUACUUCUAGUUUUAGAUGUUAGAGUUUUUUUCACUAAAAUUCUAAAACUUAUGCAGCUGGUUGCAAAUAAAGGGAGUUUUCAUAUCACCAGUUUGUAGCAGAAUUGAUUUUUUUUCUUAUGGUAGAAUGUUAGGCACAUUUUGGUCUUAAUCCAUGUACACUUUUUUUUUUAAAUUCUGGUACUGUUUUUUCCCACUUCACUGUAAAAAAUGGUAUGUGUACAUAAUGUUUUAUUGGCAUAGUCUAUUGGGAAGUACAGAAACUUCAGAACAUGUGUAUGUAUUAUUUGGACUAUGGAUUCAGGUUUUUGCAUGUUUAUAUCUUUCGUUAUGGAUAAAGUAUUUACAAAACAGGUUGCAAACAAGUGGCAUUGAUUCAAUUGUUGAACUGUAGCUAGAGUACUCAAUUUUAUUUUUUAUUUUUUAUUUUAAAUUUUGGUUUGGGGAGGGGAGAAAAGUUCUUAGCACAAACGUUUUACAUAAUUUGUACCAAAAAGAAGACAGGGGUGGCCUGAUGCUGAUGGUACUAGGAACAGUAUGUUGGGAAAAGGAGCUUUUGAACUGGAGAGACUUCUGACAACAGCUUUGCCUCUGUAUUGUGUACCAGAAUAUAAAUGAUACACCUCUGACCCCAAUGUUCUGAAUAAAAUGCUAAUUUUGGAU